CUAGUCAAUCCAAGCGGAAAACCUGAAUGCUUCCGUGCCGUCGACUGGUGCAUAGAGCUCAACAAUCUAUUCAUCAAAGUGAAAAAUGGAGGGAACGGCUCAAACUGUAGUGUCACGAGGGUCAUUCUUGAGUCGCCUCUGGUUGAAGUCUAUCAAAAUGCCCAUUCCGUCAUCGAAACUAACUUCAUGCACACUGGGAGAAUGAGUUUGCAGGCUGCACCUGAUAUGAAAAAGAUGUUUGAAGGACUGCUGAUGAAGAUGCGAUCAUCAUCUCCACACAUUCAUACAGACUGUUACAAGAACAUCUAG